CAGUGCCUCUGUAUGUGUGUCUUCCCGCCCCUUCACGACCGUCCUCUCUCAUCCGGAACACCGAGGCGCACAAAGACGCGACUCCGACGCGCUGCAAGGCGCCGGAUCGGGGGCGAUUUGUGAUCGACCAAGCAGCAGCUCGAUGAAUAUGGCGUGUAUUGGGGACGCAGACCCUUUCACCGCUGCGAUACCCGCCACCAAAGUUGAACUCACGGUUUCCUGCAGAAAUCUCCUGGACAGAGACACGUUCUCCAAGUCUGAUCCAAUUUGUGUGCUGUACACUCAAGGAAUAGCUAACAGGGAAUGGAAAGAGUUUGGAAGGACAGAAGUCAUAGACAACACCCUCAACCCUGACUUUGUUCGCAAAUUCAUCCUGGACUAUUUCUUCGAGGAGAGGCAGAAUUUGCGCUUUGACCUGUAUGAUUUAGACUGCAAGAGCGACAACCUCUCUAAACACGACUUCCUGGGCCAGGCUUUCUGUACACUGGGUGAAAUAGUCGGUUCCUUGGGAAGCCGCCUGGAAAAGCCUUUGAUUGGGAUCCCAGGGAAGAAAUGUGGCACCAUCAUAGUGAGAGCAGAAGAGCUGAGCAACUGCAGGGAGUUGGUGAUGCUGCAGUUCUGUGGCAACAAGCUGGAUAAGAAAGACUUCUUUGGGAAAUCUGAUCCUUUCCUCGUCUUUUACCGCAGUAAUGAAGACGGAUCGUAUACCAUCUGCCACAAAACAGAGGUGGUGAAGAAUACCCUGGACCCAGUGUGGCAGGCUUUUAAAAUUCCCGUCAGGGCGCUGUGUAACGGAGACUAUGACAGGAGCAUUAAGGUGGAGGUGUACGACUGGGACAGAGACGGAGGCCACGACUUUAUCGGCGAGUUCAGCACCAGCUACAGAGAAAUGUCCAGAAGCCAGUCACAGUUCCACGUCUAUGAGGUGCUAAAUCCAAAGAAAAAAGGAAAGAAAAAGAAGAAAAAGUACCAAAACUCAGGAACGGUCACGCUUCUGUCCUGCCUCGUGGACACUGAACUUUCCUUCCUGGACUACAUUAGAGGCGGGACUCAGAUUAAUUUCACAGUGGCAAUUGAUUUCACAGCAUCAAAUGGAAACCCGUCCCAGCCCACUUCACUCCAUUACAUGAGCCCGUACCAGCUGAACGACUACGCCAUGGCGCUGCGGGCUGUCGGAGAGAUCAUCCAGGACUACGACAGCGACAAGAUGUUUCCUGCACUAGGCUUCGGUGCCAAGCUUCCCCCAGACGGACGGGUGUCGCAUGAGUUUGCCCUGAAUGGAAAUCCACAGAACCCCUACUGUAACGGUAUUGAGGGGGUGAUGGAGGCCUAUUACCAGAGUCUCAAAUCUGUGCGUCUCUACGGACCCACCCACUUCUCCCCUGUUAUUAACCAUGUGGCCAGGUAUGCGUCAGCAGUGACAGACGGCUCACAGUACUUCAUCCUGCUCAUCAUCUCUGACGGCGUGAUCACAGAUAUGGCACAGACCAAGGAGUCUAUAGUCAAUGCUGCAUCUCUGCCCAUGUCAAUUAUAAUAGUCGGGGUUGGACCAGCAGAAUUUGAUGAAAUGAUCGAGCUGGACGGAGACGAGGAGAGGAUCUCAUCCCAAGGACGAUACGCCGAGAGGGACAUUGUUCAGUUUGUUCCUUUCAGAGACUACAUCGACCGGCGAGGAAACCACAUCCUCAGCAUGGCUCGUCUGGCUAAAGAAGUGCUUGCCGAAAUCCCCGACCAGUUCCUGUCCUACAUGAGGACCAGAGGCAUCAAACCCGGGCCCUUGCCACCUCCUUACACCCCCUGUCCACCACCAGCUAUCCACCCCCUUCUCGCCAGACGGCCACUCCUCUCUCAGACUCAUCUCAGCAUUGUUCUCUCAGACCCAGUGGUUGAAAUGAUGUGAAUAAAAGGGAGGAUUAUCCGAAGAGAAAAAAAACUGGGCUGUCUCUCUCUCUCUCUCUCUCUCUCUCUCUCUCUGUCGCUCUCAGCAAAGAGACAGAAUCAUUCAGCUGGGAGUAAUGUUGUCCAGCCAUACACAGCCGUGUUUAAAGAAACCACAGAUCUGUAUUUUUAUCGUACUGAAACCCAGAGUCAUUAACCCAACUCUUAUUUUUUCAUCAGCCCUCAUUUUGAAUCAGAGUCUUGGCUUUUGCAUGAUGCUUGUAAUUACACUAAAAGACCAAUCAAAAAUUAAAGUUGUCUGUUGAUACAUGAUAUUUGCUUAAAAUCAGUUCUUGGGGUUAGUGAUACUACAAGACAGCACACGUUUUACUGUUCUCAUUGGAAAUAUGGAAGCCACAAAAG